UCUCAAAUACGACGAGAAAUAAUAGUAAAAAAAUCAAAUAAAAAAUGUCGUCAAAUUACUACCGUCAACAUCAUCGACAUAGGCAUCGGCAUCGUCAUCGACAAACCCAAUUUUACCAAAAACAUCCAACAAAUUUGAAAAUGCCCAUUUAUUUAAUUUUAUUACUUGCAACCACCACGAUGGCAUAUACUACCAAUUCGGUAUCAGUUGCACCACAAUUACAAUAUCAGCUGCAGAAGCAGCCGCAAUUGCAACAACAAUUACGUAUAAGUACAAUAACACAACAACAACAACAACAGCAACAGCAACAAAUAGGCUCAUCAACUGCAGCAUCGGCAACUUUCAUUGAUGACAGCAAUAUCAGUAGCAACAGCAUCAGUAGCACCAAUACUGGCCCGCACACCACACGCAAUGGUUUUGGAGGAUUUUCAACAUUAGAUAAAGAUGUAGUUGAACAGCUUAUUAAAGAAUGGGCACCAGUUGUAUGGCUCGCUCCAGAAGAAAAAUUUAUGCCACUUGGCGUAGAAGAAUUUUUAAAUUACGUACAUCCAAUGGAUAAGGGUAAAACUUUCAUACCAGGAAUGCCCGUAGGAGACACUUCAGAGAAAGCUUACUUAGUUACAAAUGCAGAAAUAGAGGAACUAUUAGAAAAUGAAAAUUCAUUUAUUUAUGGUCGUAAUCCUAAUCAAUCUCCAGUACCUAUAUAUGCAGUCGUAACAUUAUGUCCUCAAACAAACGCUGUUCUAACGCAAAAUGAAACUUUAACUGAAACAGUUGUUGUGCAAAACACUAAGACACAACAACAAUUCAUAGCACCCAUAAGCAGUACACGUGGGCCAUAUAUACCAGUAUCCAUUGAUCCCUCAGAAAUUCGCAAUAAUACUGCAAAAAGAUCAUCGAGAUUAUAUCCAGUAUUUCAAAGAGUUCGAAGAAACAGUGAUGAUCAUUCUGCUACAUAUAUUCCACCACAGUUGCCGUUAAAUAUAGAACAAUCUAAUGUGGUUACACCUUUGGAAUUAGUUAUGGGUGAAGAACAACAAAAUCUUGUCGAUAACGAUAACACCAUUGAUUCAAGUCCCACAACUACAGGACCAGACAAUAAUGUGCCUAAUGUGAAUAAUUUCAUAGCAAAUUUAGCUGAUAAUGUUAAAUUUAGUACUGGUGAUGACGAUUUUGAUAAUACUAUCAAAAUCGAUAACAGUUUUAACUCUGUGAAUGAUUUUAAAACGAAUCGAGCUAAAGUUCAUAAUGUCCCAGCAUUUCAUGUGACAUUUUGGAUGUUUUAUCCAUAUAGUCAAGGUAAAACAAUGUGUACGCUUAAAUUGGGCCCAUUAGGAAGGAUACCAUUUCCGGCAGUGUAUGGAUUUUGUUUGGGAAGGCGAAAAGAUAUAGGUAGUCACAUUGGCGACUGGGAGCAUAUGAGCUUAUUUUUUAAUGGAGGCACAGAACCUGAAGCCAUGUAUGUUUCUGCACAUGACGCAGGUGCUUAUUAUAGUUACAAUCGCCUAACGGGAUCAUUUGAAUUUAAAAAACAAGAAACUCGUAAAGGAAUUCUACAAAGACCAAAUUUUCCAAAAACUGUAACUACGUUUAACAACCAUCCUGUACUUUUUGCUGCUAAGGGUUCGCAUGGUCUUUGGACUGCGCCUGGAAAGCAUCGCUUUGUAAAAGUAGCCCGACUUUACGAUAUCAAUGGUUUCGGCACGCCGUGGAAGACAUGGAAAUCUGUAGACAUAACUUAUGAAAACCUUAAAUCUUUUGGUCGUUCAUUAGUGCCAACAUGGUUAUCGUUUAAAGGAAAAUGGGGCAAUCCAAAGAGUAAAUGCCAUCCAUUUAGGCGAAUUGGUUUAAAUUUUUGUGAAUACACUGAUGGUCCAACUGGAAUACCCCUCAAGGAACCACAUUUUCAAUGUAAUGCAGCUCCGUAUCGAUAAAUGAAAAAAUAUGUUGAACUGUUAUGUAGAAUU